GAUGAUGUGAGGCAGAAAGUGCACCUGAAUACCUUUGGCUUCUUCAAGGAUGGUUUCAUGAAAGUCAAUGUCAGCAACCUUUCACUGAAGCCACCUGUGGGCUCUGAUGACAAGAGUAGCUUAUCAGUGGGGUUCAGUUUGGAUCGAACAAGGAAUGAUCGGUUGUCCACCUACCUGGAUGAAGAAGUGGAUUACUGUAUCUUGAAGAAGAAACCAGAGCAAGAUGUCUCUGUUGUAAUCUUACUUCUGGACUUCAAAACUGAAGUUGUGAAAGUACGGUUCUCUGCAGAAGCUGCUUCUUUGUUACCUAAAAUUUCAUUCAUGUCUGAGGAAAAUGUUACUGCCUUAAGUACCAAGCCACUAAAAACAUCUGAACUGAGCAGUGAUUCUGGUAAAAAUCCUGCAAAGACCAACCAAAAUACAGACAGCAAAGAUGAGAAGACCAAACAAAGUACAACAUCCUCCCAGAGCAUAGUAGAACAAGAACAUCCUGUUCACAAUGACAGAGGAACUUUCUCAUUUCAGUUUUUUUUUAACAUCAGCUCUGAUAACCAAGAAGGUCUCUACAGCCUGUAUUUCCAUAAAUGUGUUGGCAGUGAUGCGACGAAUAAUGAUCAGCGGCUAUUUAGUCUUGAUAUAGAAAUUACGGAAAAGAAUCCUGAAAGCUACCUCUCAGCGGGUGAGAUUCCACUGCCAAAACUUUACAUUUCCAUGGCUAUCUUCUUCUUCCUGUCGGGGACUGUAUGGAUCCACAUACUUCGUAAACGCAGAAAUGAUGUCUUUAAGAUUCACUGGCUAAUGGCAGCCCUUCCUUUCACAAAAUCUCUAUCCUUAGUCUUCCAUGCAAUCGACUAUCAUUACAUUUCUUCUCAGGGAUUUCCUAUUGAAGGCUGGGCUGUUGUUUAUUACAUCACUCACCUACUGAAGGGUGCUCUUCUGUUCAUCACUAUUGCCCUAAUUGGCACAGGCUGGGCUUUCAUUAAACACAUCCUGUCAGAUAAAGACAAAAAAAUCUUCAUGAUUGUCAUCCCACUUCAGGUACUGGCAAAUGUGGCAUACAUUAUCAUAGAGUCAACAGAAGAGGGGACAACUGAAUAUGGACUGUGGAAAGAAAUCCUCUUCCUGGUAGACUUGCUAUGUUGUGGAGCCAUCCUAUUUCCAGUGGUAUGGUCAAUAAGACAUUUACAGGAGGCUUCAGCAACAGAUGGGAAAGCUGCCAUUAACCUAGCAAAGCUGAAGCUUUUCAGACAUUACUAUGUUAUGAUUGUGUGUUACAUUUACUUCACACGGAUCAUUGCAAUUCUCAUAAAGAUUGCUGUUCCAUUCCAGUGGAAAUGGCUCUACCAGCUGCUGGAUGAGAUGGCCACACUUGUCUUCUUUGUCCUCACUGGGUACAAGUUCCGUCCAGCAUCAGACAACCCGUAUCUACAGCUUUCUCAAGACGAUGAGGAUGACUUGGAGAUGGAAGCUGUGUAA